CACUGCGGCCGGCCAGUUGUAUGUCGACUUUCAGCAGACAUGGUCCUGUAGCGCUUGAUCUUUGGCUGAAUACCAAACAUCUGCGCUCCGCGUUGUUAACCCGUCGCUGAUUUCGAGAACGGAGAACCUCGUGUUGGCAACGUAUUUAAGAGCCUUUUAGCAGAGAACGAAUUCUUAUCGAGCUUUGGUCCAUUAACCUUUGUCGGCUUCGUCAGCAUGACCACAAAGUUGCCCGAGUCGAUCACAUUUGAUGCGAAGCCAUAUGGCUUCACCUUCAAUCCAAGACACACCGCUUUGGUGAUUAUUGACAUGCAACGCGAUUUCUUGCUUAAAGAUGGAUUCGGUGAGAUCCAAGGUGGUAAUCUGGAGAUGGUGCAAGCCUCCAUUGCUCCCACAAAGAGGCUCUUGGAUCUGUGCCGGAAAGCUGGCCUUAGCAUUUUUCACACUCGCGAAGGCCACAAACCUGACCUCUCAGAUCUGCCAAGCUCCAAGUUGCACAGGCAGGCUGCGAUGCCAGGGAACACGCAACAUAGAUUCGUAAUUGGAGAAAAGGGUCCUUUGGGGCGGCUUCUCACUCGUGGCGAAUAUGGACAUGAUAUCGUCGAUGAGUUGGCCCCGUUACCCGGUGAAGUCGUUAUCGACAAGCCCGGCAAGGGCUCAUUUUGGAACACCGAUAUACUGCACAAGCUGAAAGCAAGGGCGAUCACUCAUCUUAUUGUUUCUGGCGUGACCACAGAAUGCUGUUUUGCAACCACCAUUCGAGAGGCGAAUGAUCGUGGCUUCGAGUGUUGCGGAAUCGAAGAAGCAACCGCGGGAUAUAAUGCCGACUUCAAGUGCGCCUCGCUAGACAUGAUUCAUUGGUCGCAAGGCUUAUUUGGCUUUGUUUCCUCACUUCAAUCAUUUGUCGAUGCAUUGGAGCCUUACUUGCCACAUGCAGAAUCUACGUUGUCUCCUCCAUUGACCCCUUCCGUAUGGGACGGCGACGUACGAAUCUCGAGCUUGCGCGCAGCCUACAGGGCUGGUCUGUCCCCGGUGACUGUCGUCGAGUCGCUGUACAAGACGAUUGAAGCCUAUGAAAAUGAGAAUUCAGGCGUCUGGAUACACUUGCAGCCAAAGGACCAGCUUAUAAACGAAGCAAAAGCUCUUGUGGCAAAAUAUCCCGACAAAUCAGCUCUGCCUCCACUUUAUGGCAUUCCAUUUAAUCUCAAGGACAGCCUGGAUGUAGCUGGCCUUCCAACUACAACUGCUUGUCCACCAUUGACACACAUUGCAUCAACGUCUACGCCUACCUAUGAGAAAUGCGUUGCGCAAGGCGCUUUAUUUCUUGGAAAGGUAAACCUUGACCAGCUCGCCACGGGCUUGAAUGGUACCCGCAGUCCCUACGGUAUUCCACAUUCCGUGUAUCACGAAGACUAUAUCUCGGGUGGCUCUUCGUCGGGUAGCAGCGUGUCUGUCGGCGCGUCUUUGGUGUCUUUUUCAAUUGCUACUGAUACUGCAGGAUCUGGCCGCGUGCCUGCCGCAUUCAAUGGAGUCGUUGGAUACAAGCCGACUCGAGGGAUUUUGUCAACGGUAGGCCUUGUUCCCGCAUGUUUGUCAUUGGACUGUAUUGCAAUUAUCGCAAGGACUGUUGAGGAUGCUCGAACAGUCUGGCAGAUCUGCGAAGGAUAUGAUCCUAGAGAUCGUUAUUCCAAAACGCCCAUUGGCUUUGACCGUCACGUUAACUCAAUCGGCCCAGAAGCCACGCGUUUCAAGUUUGGCAUCCCGCCACCAGAAUCUCUGAGCGUUUGCUCGCCUGUGUAUCGAAAGAUGUUCCAUGAAUCUGUGAAGCAGUUACAGAAUAUUGGUGGAGUCCUCACACCGAUUGAUUGGACUCCUUUCGAGAAAGGCGGUCGAUUGCUCUACGAUGGAACAUUCGUGUCCGAAAGGUUAGCCAACUUGCCGGACGAUUUUCUGGAAAAGAACUCAAAACAUCUGCAUCCUGUGAUUCUCGAACUAUUCCAACAGGUCCAAGCACGCAACAGCUCAGCGGUGCAAGCCUAUCGAGAUCUGCAAGCAAAAGCAUUGUAUACAAGACAGGCUGAGGAGGUUUUGGGUUACUCUGGAACCGGGGUCGACAUCGUGGUGGUACCUACUACAGUCACACACUGGAAAACGAAGGAGCUGCUCGCAGAUCCAAUUAAGAAGAACAGCCAGUUGGGAGAGUUCACCCAUUGCGGCAACGUGCUUGAUCUCUGUGCUAUUUCCAUUCCCGCUGGCGAGUAUGAGAUCUCUGAGCUUUCUGGGAACAAAGAUGACCGCGGCAAACUUCCGUUCGGCGUCAUGUUCCUCGCUUCGAGCCGGAUGGACGCAGAGAUCCUUGAGCUAGCAAGGAGAUUCGAGGCAAGGAUGAGCUCGAAGUCGUAACCACCUUUAUCUGGACGUUGAACUAUUGUGUCCUUCCGCAUUUUAACGAAGUUUAUGGUUGCAUUCCAUGGCGUUGCGCAUGCAUACACUGGAAAUGUGUGAGCGAUAGUGGUACUUUGAUGUUAUGCUGCUCAAUGAUCUCUGUUGGAUCACAUUCCAACAUGGGGGUAAAUCAUUAGUGACAUUCAAUUCUGAAACGAAGAUCUCCGUCAUGAAUCGUAAGCAUCAAAUUGUAUUCCCCAUCACAGAAGAGCGUUCUGAUGAAAAGAUUGCUGCCAAAGAGGUCAAGGUAAC